UGCAUCAAUUACGAUUCGCUUUUUUACGCUCUUCCUCUGUUUCUCACGAAACUGCUCCAUUUCAACGCAUAUAUCGAAGCUUAGCUGCGGGUCGUUGUGCUGGUGAACUGGAAACGAUUCUGAAACACUGAAAGUCAUUUAAUUUGUUGUUUAUUCCGUGUGUCGAAUUGUGUUACCACAGCAAUUCAUUAUGGUUGAUGUUGCUCGCCAACUGCUCGAUGAACUAAUGGGAAGGAACCGUAAUCUGGAUCCUUCUGCUUCUGCAAAAGAAGUGUCGUGGUCCGAUGAAGAGUUUUGUCCAUACUUUUUGGUGAAGUUUUGUCCACACGAUCUGUUUGUAAAUACCCGAGCCGAUUUGGGCCAAUGUACUAAAUUGCACGACGAUGAGGCGAAAAGGCUGUUUGACGAGGCAAAACCUUGUCGCAAAAAAACCCAAUAUGAAGAGGACUUUUUAAGAUUUUGCACCAACAUGAUCAACGAAGUUGACCGUAAGAUUGUGAAAGGUAAGCAAAGACUUCUUCUUAUGAACAGCAAAACGGAAGGAGGACGACCUGUACCAAAGCAUCAGGAGCAAUUAAAUUCCCUAACCGAAAGGAUCAAUAAACUGGUGCGUGAUGCAGAGGAAGCCGGAACACGCGGAGACGUGGAACAGGCACAGGGUUUGAUGGAGCAAUGUGACCAGUUGAAAGAGGAAAAGGAAGCUCUAGUGAAACAACAUGAAUCAAAUGGAUGGUCAGUAACGGCGGAAAUCGCGGCAUCGCAAGAGAAACAAAUGGAAGUUUGUGAAGUGUGUGGAGCGUUUCUUAUUGUAGGCGAUGCACAACAAAGGAUUGAUGACCAUCUCACGGGUAAACAACAUCUAGGGUACUCAAAAUUACGAAAAGCUGUUGAUGAAAUGUAUGAAGCGAGGCGGAAAAACACAAUAAACCUUGAGGAGCGCCGUUCUAAGGAUGAUGACCGGCGUAGACGAGACAAUGGAAAACGGGAAGAACGCAAAUCGCGUGAACGAGACGAUCGCUAUAAUAACAAACGAGAAGAUAGAGAUCGUAAUCGCUAUCGGCGUGAUCAUCGGGAUUAUAAGGAUCGUUCUGAUCGUCAUGAUAAUCGUCAACGAGAUCGUCACAGCAGACGCGAUCGCAACGAACGAGAUCGUGAUCGCAGUCGCAGUCGUAGCUACUAAAAGAUCACAUAGUCAAAUCAGAUAUCAUGAGUAAAUGUGCAGCAUGAAGUAGUGCAGUCGGACGCGAAAUUCUUCGUUCAGAAUCGUUCUCCAUCAUAUGAGGUAUCCCUACUAAGAAUAGAAAUUAAAAAAAACGUCCUAAAAAGACCAAUAUAAACGAUAUCUAAACAGUCGUAAAAAAUCUUCUAGUCCGUAAGUUGGAUCACUCAUCGUCGUCUAAACGGAUGCGAUCAUGUUAAAACUAUCUUAACAACACGAUUAUAUUGUUUGAGACGGACUGGAAAUCUUAGGAAAAACAGUUGGAUAUUUUAUCCAACAAAUCAGCAGGUAGCGUGACAUUACUAAUUAUUUUGUGUAUUUAAAAAAUUGGAAAGUCAUUUGGGCCAAUCAGCUAACGAAAAGAACCGAAGGAAGUUCAGGAUGGAGUAUUGAAUAAUUGUAAUAGCAAGCAAUUGGUCUCAAGAUGACACAAUAGGCUUGAUUUGCGUGAAGGCGAUGAGUUUCUAAGGAAAUUUAUAUUAUGCGAUUUUAUCAUUAUUUCACCUGUUGUGGUCUAUAGACUUGUUUUGUUGACAAUUUUGACAUUAAUACCUUUUAAUGUGAUUGUCAGCAAGAAUUAAGUAUUUCUAGAACUUAAUUUUCUGUUCAUAAAAAUAAAACAAAGAUCUGUAAUAUUUCAAAACAUGUGCCGCAAAUAUCGCCGGUUCCAGCGAAAAUGAUAAACACAUAGCGUGAUGAUGGUUUGAAAAAGGAAGUAUAUUGUAGUUAUGCCCAUACAUGCCUUAUGACUGUAUGUAAAUUUGAUACAUUAUUUGAGGGUUACUAGUUGUGUUGAGGCAUACAAAACAAUUAGUUCAAAACGAUCAAUUCCCCUACAUUUUUUAGUUGGUCUGUGAAGUAAUUGAUCGAUUGUUUCAUAAAACACUGUUAAAUAAAACGGGAAAAGGGUAAAUCCUGAUCAAAAGAAAUGGAACUGUAUUGGAAGACUAUUACACAUGUAACUGCAUAGACAAACCGCUCCAAACUGAAUGCUGCAUUAAUUUAAUCGUGGUAUAAAAUGAGAAUUUGAAAUAUGAAACGUGUGAUGGAAUUGGUAAUUUUAACAAUCCAACACUCAACACCUGCGUAUAGUGUGACAGAAUUCUAAUUUAAUUGAACCCUAUUACAUAGAUUACCUUCUCUUCAAGAUUCAAUUUGAAACAAAUAAAAAUUGA